UAGGUAUUUUUGGGUUUAAUUUGCAGUUUUAAGGUAUUAUUAGUAUUAAAAAUGAAAAAGAAUAUAAUUAUUCAUUUAUUUACGGCUAAGGAUCUCUCGCCCACCAUCACCAUCUCUCGUUGCAGUUUCUGAUUAGAUUCAACAAUGAACGGCGCAUUAGGUAACUCCUCCGCCUCCGUGAGCGGCGGAGAAGGAGCCGGAGGACCAGCUCCUUUCUUGGUAAAGACCUACGAGAUGGUCGACGAUUCAUCAACGGACCAGAUUGUAUCGUGGAGCGCCAACAACAACAGCUUCAUCGUUUGGAAUCAUGCGGAAUUUUCACGCCUUCUUCUUCCAACCUACUUCAAGCACAAUAACUUCUCUUCCUUCAUUCGUCAGCUCAAUACCUAUGGGUUCAGAAAGAUUGAUCCCGAGAGGUGGGAAUUUUUGAAUGAUGAUUUUAUUAAGGAUCAGAAGCAUCUUCUCAAGAAUAUACAUAGAAGGAAACCUAUACACAGCCACAGUCAUCCACCUGCUUCGUCGACAGAUCAAGAAAGAGCAGUGUUGCAAGAGCAAAUGGACAAGCUUUCACGUGAAAAAGCUGCGAUUGAAGCUAAGCUUUUAAAGUUCAAACAACAGAAGGCUGUAGCAAAGCAUCAGUUUGAGGAAAUGACUGAGCAUGUUGAUGAUAUGGAGAAGAGGCAGAAGAAGCUGCUGAAUUUCUUGGAAACGGCGAUUCGGAAUCCUACUUUUGUUAAGAAUUUUGGCCGUAAAGUCGAGCAAUUGGAUAUUUCAGCUUACAAUAAAAAGCGAAGGCUCCCUGAAGUUGAGCAAUCAAAGCCACCUUCAGAAGAUUCUCAUCUGGAUAAUAGCAGCGGAAGCUCGAGACGCGAGUCUGGAAACAUUUUCCAUCAAAAUUUCUCUAAUAAAUUGCGACUAGAACUUUCUCCAGCUGUUUCAGAUAUGAACAUGGUUUCACACAGUAUACAAAGUUCCAAUGAAGAAGGUGGGAGUCCCAAAGGGAUACUGUCAGGAGGUGAUCCAAAAACUACACUAACAAGAAGAGAAGGCCUACCAUUUGCACCUGAAGCACUAGAGCUUGCGGAUACCGGGACAUGCCCGAGGAGAUUACUGUUAAACGACAUUACAAGAGUGGAGACCUUGCAGCAGAGGCUAACUUCUUCUGAGGAGACUGAUGGUAGCUUUUCAUGUCAUUUAAAUCUAACCCUGGCUUCUGCUCCAUUACCGGAGAAGACCGCUUCACAGUUAGCUAAGACGACUCUUAAAAGUCAGGAGAUAGGAAGAUGUACCGAGUUAAAAUUCAACUCAAUAGAAACAAGUGCAAGUGAGAAAAAUCGGGGUAGACAAGAGGUUGCAGUUGGAGGUAGCCAAGCAAAUGCAGCUCCUCCAGCAAGAGUGAAUGAUGUAUUCUGGGAACAGUUCUUAACAGAAAGGCCAGGGUCUUCAGAUAAUGAGGAGGCAAGUUCGACUUAUAGAGGUAACCCAGACGAAGAGCAAGAGGAGAGAAGAAACGGGAAUAUGAUGUCACGUAAUACAAAGAAUAUCGAGCAGCUGACCUUAUAAACUAUUUGGACGGUUACAUAAACGAGAGUAUAUGGUCAGUGGUUUUGGUAAGAAGUAAGAACUAUGGCUGAGUAAGUAAUGAAACAUUGGACUGAAAAAGCGUAAGUAGCUUUGUUGUAAAUUUACACAAUCAAGUAAUUUGACUGUAAUUUUAAGUGCAUAGGAUUUUAAAUUGAAUAAGCAUUUUUUCGUGUCUUAAAUGUAAACCAUAUGUAGUCUUCCCCCAAAUCUUAGUACCGACAUUGGUAACAUCCGCUGAAAUGUGUUUCUGAUCUCUCUGACACAGAAGUAAUUUGAACAUUA